GCUCUAGAGCCCUAGGCGAAUGGCCAUUUGCCUUUGCCUCUGCCUUUGAUCACAUCUACCUUGGGAUCCAUGGGAGGGUUUGAAGGUCAUCUGUUUCCUGGCCUGUCCUUAUUUCUCUAUGGUCUUUAUCAUGCGGCAUUUCUCUCCAGGGCUGUGAUAUGCAACUCUCCUGUCCAAUAUCCACCAUCCCGUCCUUGGAGCAAAGGGAGAUGGACAAGGUUACGGCAAAUGUAUUACAUCGGCUUUCUGAAGAUACUGAGUUCUUGCAUUUUAGUAGCCCAAGAGUUGAAUAGCAUUAAUUGGCAGUUGGUACUCAUCACCAAGAGGCAUCACCUGAGAAACUUCAUGUACCGCAAACAGUGGCAGCAUCUUACUCUCUACAUGUCCUUCUUCCUGAGUGGGUGUGCAGAUGUGAUCAGCCAGAACCUGCUGCCCAAGAGGUGUGUAGUUCUGGAGCAAUGCGCCCAAGCGUUGAGCAUGUAUCUGUUUUUGCCCCUGAUGGUGUCUCAUAUGCAGGACACAGAAGGAGUGGAGCUGCAGCUUCACAUGCUGCUCAUCCAGGCCAUGUUCCUGCUGGCCCUAGUGGAGACUAUAGAGCUGUGGGCUCCCAAUGUGCUGCUGAUCUGGAUGCUGAAGGCCUUUCUGUAUGUUGUCACCGGCUCCUGGCUGAUGCAGAUAGGCUUCAUGCUGUACAAACCAAUCUCUGGCUAUAAAUGGUUGGACGAGGACAAGAACGACGUAGCGUUCGCCACCACUUUCUUCUGCUGGCACGUGGUCUCCGGAGCCUUCUUGAUGAUCUCGGCCUACGGUGUCUCCAUUUUGUGGUAUCGUUAUCUUGGUGCUGAUGCGUGAACCUGGACGUGCUCAAGUGGUUUCCUAUUGCCUGCAUGAUCCAAGGACCUCUGGAUGCCAUGUCAGGAGAGGGGAGCUUGACAAGAGGAUCAGAUGUCCUUCAGAGGUGCCCCAGCUUGAGAUGGCAGACUGUGAUGGGAUGGGUUUACCUUCUCUCCCCUCUGCCUUCUUUUCAUCUAAUUUGCUGAAGGCUACAGAAGAAAAAUAAAUGAAUGAGAUCACACAGCUAUGACCUUCCCUCUCUUAGCCCCUGACAAGCCUCUCCAAUCCCCACCUCCAGUCGCAGCACCUGCUUGGCCUGUACCGCUUUGCACCCUUUGGGACUUUCUUUUAUUUUAUUGUAUAGAAUAUUAUCCUGAGAUCACAUUUAGCACAUCGUAAUUCAGCCAUCAUAAUAACCAUCUCCCCAUCCUUUCUUGUCCUUGACUUCUAUGAUGCUUAUUCUGAAUCCAGGCUGUUUUGUUGUUGGUGGUGGUGGGUUGGUUUUUUUGUUUUGUUUUGUUUGUUUUGUUUUGUUUUGUUUUUCUGUGUGAAGUUCAGGACUGUUCCUGGUUUGUUCCUCUGACCACUUUGUGAUUUGUCUGACUGAACAUCAGACCCUGGUGAACUGCACCUUCCUCUACAAGGUCUGGUAGAACGCAGUGAGCCCCUGCACACGGAUCAAGGCCUCAGGGUCAUGUUCUCCUCCUCAGUCUCUCAGCCCAUUGUCUGGACUCAUCUCAGUAAAGUUUCCAAAUAGUAGACUUGCCCAGCCCCAGACCUCUCAGGUUUCCAUGGAUAAUAAAAUCCAAUGGCUUGCUUA